AUCCAGUUGGCAUCACAAAGCCUUGUGGCAUGGCAUUGCUGUGGCCUUGUGUCUCAGACAAGAGGGCGUGUAGGGCCCAGGGAGUACUGUAUGUGGCUUUUAGGGAUGGAGACGGAGACUGAAAGAAGGUAGAGGUUUCUGUAGCGCGUGGCGCAGUACCAUGUCCGGGGAAAGCGAAAGUCGCAGGUAGUCAUUCUGCAGCUCUGUCCUGGGAGCGAGCACUGCGGAUUAUCACCUCACCUCAUCCACACGGACAUGUAUCAGGGUCUGAGUAUGGCUGCGAACCCGGGUUCCUACGAGCCGAGCUUCGUGCACAACGCGGCGUCGCCGGUGUACGUGCCGAGCACGCGUGUGGCGCCGGUGCUCCCCGCGCUCUCGUACCUUCAGCCGCACGGCGCCGCGUCCCAGCAGAGCAACGCGGCUUCGGGUCACUCGGCCUGGCCUCAGGCAGCCUCGGACCCCGUGGCGUCGUACAACACGAGCGGGGCGCACCACUCCCCGGUGUCUCCGCGCUUCACGUUCUCCGCCAGCCCGCCCAUGAGCUCGGCCGCGAGGGAAGGCGCCACUUACACCAGUCCGCUGAACGUCACGGCGAACGGACGGGAGCACUACAGCGCGCGCGGCCUGGGCACGUCUUACCCCGCUCACUAUCCCGCAUACGUGAGUCCAGGCGUCGGGGGAACCUGGGCCGCGUCGCAUUUCGACGGCUCGGUGCUUCACAGUCUGCAGUCUGCAGGGCCGACCGGCCCCCCGAGGCACCCGAAUCUGGAUCUGUUCGAUGAUUUCGCCGAGGGCCGAGAGUGUGUGAACUGCGGGGCCAUGUCCACUCCUUUGUGGCGGCGAGACGGCACUGGUCAUUACCUUUGUAAUGCGUGUGGACUCUACCACAAGAUGAAUGGCAUCAACAGACCACUGAUCAAGCCCCAGAGACGACUUUCUGCUUCCAGGAGGGUGGGCCUAUCCUGCACUAACUGCCACACAACAACCACCACUCUGUGGAGACGAAAUGCAGAAGGAGAGCCUGUGUGCAAUGCCUGUGGCCUCUACAUGAAGCUCCACGGGGUUCCUCGUCCACUUGCUAUGAAAAAAGAAGGGAUUCAGACACGCAAGCGCAAACCCAAAAACCUCAACAAGUCCAAACCUGGUAACCCUGGGAAUGAUAGCCACGCCCCUUCUAAUGCCGCCAGCACUGGUGGCAACGCAAUAGAACACCGUCCCAUCAAGACUGAACCGGACACGCCCACUCUCUAUUCCCAUCAUAACAUACAUGCACAGAUCUCAUACAUGGGAGGCCAAAGUGGGAAUUCAUCGCUGAAGCUCUCCCCAGGAGCCCAUACUGUAGCACCCAGCUCGAAAAAUGAGCCUUGGAACAGCCUGAUCCUCACAUGAACCUGCUGUCAAAUGUUUUAGUCAAGCUUCACAGAACUAGUAGCAAACCAGUGAUGAGAAAAAGGACUAAAACAUGGACAACCCGACAAGAAGUCAUGUAAAACAAACACAACCAUGACACUGCGUACUGUGAUAGUGUGGAACUCAGACUUGACAAAAAGCCAGAGAACCUUGAACCCAGAUGACAUGCCUGAUACCUACAUACAGUAUAUGAACAUAACCUGGUCAAAUACAGACUUGCAGACUGCUGGAACUACUUCGCCAAGAGUAAAUGUGUCUUCAAUAUUUAUAAAGUGACAACUAAACAACCCUGUGUGCCUUUAUUUUUUCAAUACAUUUCUCUCAGUGUUUGAUUACUGAAAACCUUUGUGCUUACUACUAGCUGUGCUUACGUACUUUCAUUAACCUGUAUAUCAAAAGUACACUCCUUGCCCAAGAAUCACUUCAAGAGAAGAUUUUCUUAAAGAGGAUACAUUAAGCACUCCUCAUGUGGUCUAAACCUAUCCUGGUCAAGCUACAUUGAGGGCAUUAAAAACAGCCACAAAAAGCAUUAAAAUAUCUGUUAAUACCAUCACAUAACUGUGAAUUCACCAAGUAGUUAUUUAAUCUAUUUGUACACAUGUAAUACAAUAUUACAUGAACAGUGUGACAAUAAAAGGCCUAUUUUUUUGUUGCUACCCUUUAAGAAGAACACCUAAUAUUUAUUGACUUGAAGCAAACAGGGACUUCAUGUUCACAACUAGGCUAUAGCAAUGGGUCUGAAUUCUUCAUGGAGAUCAGGAUUCAUGUUUUGUAAUAAAGUGUUUCAAACUGGUCAUGAAUUUUAUUUCAGUGUAUAACAAAUUGUUGUAUGUAUACCAUGUGUAUUGACACCUUGAUCUAUUAUUAUGGACUAAAACGAGGCAGUGCAUUGACGUUUUUUCUGUGUUUAUCUUGGAGUAUCUGGUCUUUCAGAAGAAUUUAAAUAAAUAAAUAAAUAAAUA